CUUCGUGGCCUAAUAGGUGAUAGUUUUCUGGUUUCUUACCUCCAGGAGCCUUUAGUUUUCCGUGUCCGUUAAUUAUUCGAUUUUGACGCACUGUCUAGUGUGUACUCAGCGUGGACAAAAACUACAAAAGCUCUGAAUGAUGAUUGUGAAUGGUAUCGUAAUGCCAACAUGAACACGCACAAAUCAUACACAUCCCGUGCUAUAGUGUAGAGUGAUCGUUUUUCUCAUCCUAUCGUAUAAGUUAACACAGUCCGCGAUUAUGGAGAGCGGAAAUGUUUAUAAACCAAAGCCACGGCUCGUAGUUCGUAUCCAUUCAGUUACGAUCAGUGUUCAAAGGGUAAAAGGGUGUGAGAGAUUAACGUGAAUGCACAGGAGGUGAAGAUGCUGCAAAGCUGUCACCAACAUUCGAGCGGGAAAACGUUUGAAAAGUCGUGGUGUAUUUGAAUGGAUUUAUAUUUUUUCUAUCGAAAACAAAGUAAAACCUAUACUGUCUAUACACAAAACACACACUCAAUCACGCAUAACAAAUCCCAACAACUAAAAACACUGUAAAAGGAAUGAAAGAAAUGGGCAAGAUGUAGUCAGAAUGGAGGAAGUUGGUAGUCAUUAGCAAUCUAAACCCCCGGAAACCCGCAAAAAAAACCAAGGCCCUCUGUAUGUGCAAUAAAACAGUAAAACAACAAUUACUACUACCAUAAAAUUCCUGCAAAAGAGCCAAGUGCGAGGAUCACAUAAACGAAACAAACGUGAAGGGAAAAAGAAAAUGCAAUAACAAAAUAGAAACGAACAAAUAGUCCAAAAUAUAUAUGUAAAAAAAAAAGCAAACAUAUAUACAUAUAUACAUAAAUAUACACAUAUAUACUGGAAAACAAAACAAACGAAACGCUAGAAAUACACGUAGGUAUCAAAACGGCAGAUUGCGGCAGAUUGUGGUUGGCAAAUGACGGAACCAGGAAUCGGAACACUCAAGAAACGAAUGAAGAUAGCGAAAAGCGAGAUAACAAUCGCAGGAACAGACCGUACAGAACGACCUACGAUACUAGAAAACCCCGUUAAUCAAUAAUGGAUACCACAACCAUAAGGAACGGGCCCGGGUGGCCGUAAGAGUAGGCAAGACAGUUUAUAUGUAAUUUUUAUUUUUUCGUUCCUUUCAAAGUAUAGAUAAGUUCGGAUAGGAUGCAGGCAAACGCAGGCAGGCAGCGGGAACUGGGACUGGGAACGGAAAAAGCGUAGAACACACGACGUAAUAGCAUUUUAUAUACCAAAAAAAAAAUACAUCACACUGAUCCAACAAACAAUAAACCGAAAAACCCAUUGCCACUGUUCUAGGAGGAAUAUCAGAGCAAAUAGUCGAGCGCCGUUUUGCCGAACACAAUCGUAAACAUCGGGCAUCAUUUAUCAAACGCAUACUAGCAGAACGAGAAGUAUCACGGAAUCAUCAUCGAAGACAAAUAUAGAAAAAAACACACAACAGAGAACUAAUGAAGAGAGCGAGCAGCAGCGAGGGCGUUUUGCGGAUUACACUACAUGAAAGGCAAGAAGUGAAAUUCGGGCAAAGAUGAUAGAACACGAAUAUACCGCAUAGGGCUCGCAAACAUAAAUGAAUAAAUAAAAAAAAAAUACGUUAAGAAAAAUGGCGAGCAGGAGUACACCUAGCUAACCUAAUCUUUUAUACAGUGUGUAUGUGUGUGUGCGUGUGUAGUAAGUGAUUUUAUCAAGCGAGUGAUCAACACGGUCACGUUCCACCCCCCCCCCCCCCUCUGACCCCAUCAGCGUGGUAUCAUCGAGCGAUGCGAAAGCGAAUUAUGCAGUGAUGCAGCCGUGUACAGUGCAGCCCCGCUGUGGAGGAGUUAAGUAUGGAGGAAUCUCACGUCUCCAAAUCUGUUAAAAUGGACCAGACUUGUUAGACUCUAGACUUUGUUGGGUUAGGUUGUUGGUUUGUUUGCUUGUUUUAGGCGAUGGCGAUCACGGUUGCUCUUCAUAUUCAUCAACACUAAAAUAGCUUGCCUCAUUUGGUUGAAGAGAGAAAGAAGAAAGAGCGUAAAUGCGUUGUUUUGAUAAAAGAAAAAUGUUCACCCUUGUAACCAAAUGCACAACAAAUGCACAUCAGCAAGAGAGAGCGAGAGAGAGAGAGUGUGGGAGAGAUAGUAAAAAAGAAAAAGCGAUCGAUAAAGCGGGAGAACAAGUAAGAGGUAGUGUUUUGUAAAAAAAAACUAUAAUAAUAAUAUUAAUUAAUAAUAAUAAUAAUAAAUAAUAAUAACAAUAAUUGAUGCAAGAUAAGUAAAAAGCUAUAUAAAUGUAAACGGAAUAAAGGGUCCUUAGCAUUCCUCCCCAAAAACAACGUGUUAGAGAGUUCAGCAUCGAGACAAAAGCAUCAAUUUAAAGCACUAGAUAACCUUAAACAACAACAAACAAAAAAGCAAAACGGAGCAAAACAAAAUGGAAUAAUGAAGGGUACGCGACGUGUGGCAAGAGCGUGAUAAAGAAGGCAAAGGUUUGCAUACCAAUCGACCGACAAAACUCUAUUAAUAACACACAGCACCAACAACCAAUAAUCGUAGCUACUUGGCAUAGAUGCCAAGGCAUCCCGGCACGCACACCCGGUGAUGUCGCGUAAAUUUCGGAAUCGCAACGGUGGAACGGAGGUACCGCGCUUUUGAUUCCGAUGUCGUUCGUUUUGUGUUGUUUUUUCGUUACAUUUACCUUCAAGAUAUCAGCCAGCGUAAAGCGUGCAGCUCUAGUCAAGUUAAACGUUUUAGAAAAAUCAAAUAAAACUUUUCUCACUCCCCGCACUCUGGACGGUUGGAAAAAUGGUUUGGUUAGCGGCGGACAGAGAUCAGGCCUCUCACAUGUUAUGCGAUGCGAUUAGGCUAUCGUAUCGAUUGUGUUUUAAACGGAGCAGGAAAGAGCAAUAACUCACAAAUGUUGCUCUUCCCCAUUGAACAUUACACACGUGUAUUAGCUUGUAAACGGGUGUGGCUAAAUGUGAAAUGAAAGUUAUCGUGUAAUGUUACGCAGCUACUACUAGCAGCCGGCAGCAGCACACACCAAUCACGUCCUUCUAGCGUCCUUACAUACAUCUGCGUCGAUGAUCUGACUCACAUUUUCCUCGCCUAUGAUACGCUAUGAUACUAGCUGGAAAAGGUAUGAUUGAUGCAAAACAACGAAACAUUUCUUAGUAGCUUCAGUGGUUUAGAAACGAUUCCUGCAAUCAACUUUUCAUGCCUUUUCAAAGAAUGUGUUUUUUGGCCUUCGGUGUCCGCCCAGUGUUAUCACCAUUGCUGAUCAGCUUACCUUAACUGUCUCUCUGCAACAAAAAAAAACACAUACCACAUUUUCGGAGCACUUCCUACUUCAGUGAAGAGGAAAUAUUGGCAAAAAAUUAGCAACGAACGAAGCGGCAGCGAUGGAUGAAGAUGGUACAAUCAUCAUCAUCAGGCUCCUUGUGGACACUUCUAGCACGCCUAGGAAACACCUUCCCUAUCCAAGCAACGGCAAUCCGCAUUUCCAUACUCCAAAUGCUUGUUUUUUCUUCUGUGUCUUUGUUCGUGUUUCCUGUAAAGACUUACGUACACUCGUAUAGAACCAUUGUGUCCGUGCUGAAUGAAAUCAAUUUUUCUACCAACUACAUCUUCUUAACGAAGCAACACGUAUAAAGUAAGUUAACGAGGUAAAGGGAAAUUAAGCAGAAAUAAACAAACACAAAAAGGAGCUAAUAAGAUGCAUGUAUAGGAAAACCCAGUUUGGCGUAAUUGAAGCAAACAAAUAAAGAAAAAAAAAGAGGGCAUCCCCAACAAAACCACGACAUACAGACCCACACAAACACAAACUGUACGACAUCAGGUAGUAUCAACCGGAUAGCAACUGUUGGAUAAAAGGUGGUUGCCGGAAGCAGCAGAGUGUGUUAUAGAAGAAUCUUCAUUAAAUCGAGUACUUGAUUGUUACAAAAUAAAAGAAAUAGAAGGCAGAAGGCGCUAGAGUCAAAUAUUUAAAAAAAUGGUGGAGGCAGCCCCGAAUCGAAAACCGAAAUGAUAAACCCACACUCAACGACGGAAAACAUUAAUUAACAACAUACACACAUGCGUUCACACCCUGCAAGCAUAUUAGGCCCACUAACUAGCAUUAUAAAAAAAGAGAAAAGAACGUGGAAAAGGAUGGAAAACACGUAGCUUAUACAAUGGGGCCCCUUUGUGGCGGGGUCGCGUAUAAAUGUAUGACACGGUAGUAAACGAACAAUUUUUAGAACAAAACAAAGUGAAAACAAGUGAGAAGAAAUGCAACAAAUCGUAAGUUAAUCUAGAUAAACUGGAGAACCAAUCAGCAUUUAGUGACAUAAACCAGAAUGAGCGGCAACGCGUAGGCGGAGAGCGAAUGCGUGCGAGCAACAGAAGCAGCAAACUCCCAACAAAAAAAAACCCAAACCCCAAAGCGCGGGGCGUUAUCAAACAACGUGACGCUCAACGAGGUGAACGAGGGAGAACGCGUGGAAGCGAGAAUGGAGAAGAAAUAAUUACGAAACAAAGAAAAAAACGGAAAUUUACCAAGCACGAACACACUAUCACCUGCUAACCCCGUUCUCACAAGUCAUCUAGCAAUUCCCUUCAACAUCCUUUUCACAAUCCCGCGUCACUGACUCCCAAAAACCACCACAUACACAACACAUGUCCGUGUUCCACGUGGUUCUACGUGCACCGAUUCUACGUAAUGCUCUCACCCAUAGAAGUACAAGCGUUUACUUCACUUUACACAAACGGUAAAGGCAAACAAGAAAAAAAAUCCAACUAGCAAAGCAUAUAAACUAGUGAAUCUUAAGUGGACCCAGUGGGGCCCAGAGAAACGAAAGAGGAAGAGAGGGAGAGAGAGAGAGAGAAAAAGAAACGGAAAUAGCGGGCCCCCACCCAUUCUAACGAGACCGGAACCUGAUAAUUAAUCACAAUCGAAAGGAUCAGGCUGGAACGAGAAAAGAAAAACGAAAAGAAAACAGCAACAACAAGAACAGCAACACGACACCGUAACUCAAUCUUCAGAACCACUCGUACAUACUAUCGCAACUUUACGGCAUAUAAAUCCAUUUAAAUGAUUAAAUCAAACGGUAACAAACACGGCAAGAGAUGACGCAUAUAAUUUACAUGCUAGUAAAUGCGAGUCGAAAGCAGGAGAGAGAGGAAGGAAGGAGGAGGGUCGAUACGUUAAAGCAAGUCGAGUAACUUGAACUUUAACAUUAAUGCUAUGCCAGUCCGCGCGGUUCCGCAUGAACGACGACGGUGUGGGUGUGGUGAGACAGAGAGAAAAUAACAAGGAUAAG